AUUCUUUCAGUAUCAGACACUGGCACAUCAAAUAAAUUCAUCAGCAGUCGUUAUAGACUUUAUCCGUCGAUCUUCUGUUUUGUUUUCCGUGAAUCCCUGUUAGUCGCCGUAAGAGACUUCAACAGAUCACAACAGAGCGGAUUAUUACAAUUAAUCUCUCCACAGAUCAUCCUCGUAAACUCCGAUUUCAUGGACGUCCUUAACAAUAUGAAGAGCAUCUUUGUACUCCAUUUUUUCAUUGUCGGUGUGUUUGAUGAGUCCGUGUCAGUGAAGGAGGGAGAAUCUGUCACUCUACACAGCGGUCUUACUGGAAUAGAGACAGAUGAUGUGAUACAGUGGAGGUUUGGCCCCCAAGGCACCCUCACAGCUCAAAUCAACAGAGCAGCCAAUGAGAGCAUUACAUAUGAUGAUGUUCUUGAAGGGAGAUUCAGAGGUAGAUUGAAACUGGACAAUCAAACUGGAGAUCUUACCAUUAGAAACAUCAGAACUGAACACUCUGGACUUUAUGAAGUAACCAGCAGCAAACAUAGGUUAAACAAGAUAUUUAAUAUCAGUGGUGUUGCAGUACCUAUUAUUGUUUGUUCUCCAGUUGUGCCUGUAGAUGACGUGAAGUCGGUGUCAGUGCUGGUGGGAGAUUCAGUCACUCUACACACAGAUCUUACUGAAAUACAGAGAGAUGAUGAAAUACAGUGGAAGUAUGGACAGCAGAAAUCUCCUGUAGCUGAAAUCAAUAGAAAGGCUAGAAAAAUCUCUACAUAUGAUGGACCUGAUGGGAGAUUUAGACACAAUCUACAGCUGGACCAUUGUACUGGAUCUCUGACCAUCAGGAACAUUGGAAUCAGUCACUCUGGACUCUAUGAAGUGGACAUCAGUACCAGCAGUAGCAAACACACCAUACACAAGUCAUUCAUUGUCAUGGUCAGCGGUGAAAUUAAGUCCGAGACAGUGAAGGAGGGAGAAUCAGUCACUCUACGGACUGGUUUUACUGAAGUACAGAUUUAUGAUUCCAUGACAUGGAUGUUUGGGGACACUGUCCUUGCUGUAAUCAAUAAAGGAGCUCAGCUUUAUGAUGAUGAUGAAAGAUUCAAAGACAAGCUGCAGCUUGACAAUCAAACUGGAUCUCUGACCAUAACAAAAUGCACAAUCCCAAACUCUGGACUCUAUGAACUGAAGAUCCACAGAAACAGACAAAAUGUAUUCCAGAGAUUCAGUGUUACUUUCAGUGUACCAGGUUCAUCAGACAAAACAACGUGGAUAGUUAGUACUAUUCUGCUGGUGUUUGGAGCUGCAGCUGCAGCUGCUUGUGUGAUUUACUGUAUCUGCCUAAAACGUAAAGUAAAUCAUAUUACAGCUAAUACAAGCAAGGAAGGGCCGCUCAGCCGUCAGGACAAAGAGAAUGGGACUUUGGAUGCCCUUUUUCCAAAAGGCGAUGGAAUAAAGUCAGUGUCAGUGAUGGAGGAAGAAUCUGUCACACUGAACACUGAUGCUGAACUACAGACAGGUGAUGAGGUUCUGUGGAUGUUUGGAGACAAAGACACUGUCAUAGCUAAAACCAAAGGAGGGACCAGAGAGACCACCACAUCUAAUGGACCAGAUGGGAGAUUCAGAAACAGACUGAAGCUGGAUCAUCAAACUGGAUCUCUGACUAUCACAAACACCAAGACUGAACACACGGGAGAAUAUAAACUAAAGAUCACCAGAAGUGGAAAUGUCUCAUUGAAGUUAUUCAGUGUUACUCUUUCAAAUGAAUAAUGAUUUCAUUUUAGAUUAUAGAUCAGGGUUGCUUGUUCUUUUUCCACAGAGACCUAGCUUCGGUUUAGUUUAGUCCGACCCUAAUCAGUGGUGGCUUUAAACCAUUUUUUAGCCAGUAAAGAUACUGGUUUGGCACUUAUUUUGGCCACCACUGUAGAACAAACGUUUUUUAAUGGUUGCAAGGUAAGAAAAAGUUAGCUAAUCCAAAUGCAGCACAUGAUAGACACUAUUCAAUUUGGAACACAGCAGAUGAGCACAGGGCUCGCAAACCUCAGUUCUGGAGAGCCACAGUCCUGCAGAGUUCAGCUCCAAUACACCUGAACAAGGUCUGAAGGGUUACUACAAAGCUACAGGCCGGUGAGGUUUUAUGAAGUUAAAGCUCAUGUUUACAGGACUGAAGUUCACCACACAUGUACCAGCAGAUUAAUGUAAUUUCUGUGUCUCUGUAUUUGUAAAUAGUUUAUUGUGUGUACAAGUAUAGAAGAGGAAAGGCGUUUGUUGUCUUCAGUGCAUUACAGUUGAGAACCUUCCACUGUCUUACUGUUACAUUGUCAAGAGCAGUUACGGUAUGGACUAUUUUCACAGGAUUGUGAUGAAUCAUUUCAACAGUCAAGUUUUUUAAAUAUUUUAAUUUGAAAAAUAAUAAUAAUCUGUGUUCAUUUCUAAAACAAAACUUUUUAUUUAUUUUUUUACAUUUUUUUUUUUAAAGGUACAUUUGCCAGUACAUGAUUCAUCAACACAUCUGUAAUGCAUUAAUAAUAUUUUCAGUAUUUUUCAACACUAUCAUACAUAAACUUUAUUGUGUAAUGUUACAACAUGUGUUGGUUUAGUUAAAACUAGCUUAAAGAAAGCAAUAUGUUACUGUUGUUCGUAAUGAAUUUAUAUCUGGGAGGAUUUUUCAGUCAUUUGU